GCCCUCUCCGUAUAUAAAUAUACUCCCAUCCUUAAAGGGCUCAUUACGGAAAGUAGUACUACUAUCAUUCAGAGCAACACUGUUAAUUAUAAUUAUAAUUAAUCACAGUAAUACUCAUCUCGCCCUGUUCAGCUUUCUUCCACAGCACCGCAGCCCAGCAAUGGCGCCGCCGCCGCCACCGCCACCGCAUAUUGUAAUAGUAACGUACCCGGCGCAAGGACACAUCAACCCUUCUCUCCAGUUCGCCAAGCGCCUCAUCCGCAUGGGCAUACACGUCACCCUCUUCACCACCGUCUUCGCCCACCGCUUAAUGCUCAAAGCCAACGCCGCCGGCGUCCCCCGCGUCGCCGGCUUCACCAUCACCCCUUUCUCCGAUGGGUACGACGAGCAUGGCUUCAGAAUGAAUCAAGACGACAUUAACCACUACUUGUCCCAGCUCAGGAUCCGAGGUUCCCAGGCUUUGAGAGACUUCGUCUCCGGCGGCCGCCCCGUCACGGCGGUCGUCCGUACUAUCAUGCUUCCCUGGGUUGGAGACGUGGCGCGUGAGCUCAAACUCCCGACCGCCCUCCUCUGGAUUCAACCCGCCGCCGUAUUGGGUAUUUACUACCACUAUUUCCACGGGUACAAGGAUGCCAUGGAAAAAGAGGUGGUUGAGCUGCCGGGGCUGCCGCCGCUUUCAAGGGGCGAUCUCCCGUCGUUCUUUUUACCCUCCGGCUCCGACGGAGAUUAUAGUUUCGCUCUGCCCAUCUUCAAAGAGGAACUGGAGAAGCUAGACGAGCUUCAACCCAGUGAUCGGACGGUGCUGGUCAACACGUUUGACGCCUUAGAGGCGGAGACACUGAAGGCCGUUGAGAUAAGGUACACUUCACUCGGCAUUGGACCAUUAAUUCCAUUAGCUUUACACGACGGAGACGACCCUUCCGACAUCGCAUUUCGAGGCGAUCUCUUCGAGAACAACGAAAACGAUGAUAUCAAGAGGUGGCUGGGGUCACAGCCGAAUGCAUCCGUGGUGUACAUAUCAUUCGGGAGCCUAUUAUAUCCUAGCAAACCGCAAAAGGAAGAGAUCGCCAAAGCGCUACUCGAAACAAAACGGCCAUUCCUCUGGGUGAUAAGGAAGAAACCAGAAAGCGAAGAAAAAGAAGAGUUGGAUUGCAGGGAGGAGUUGGAAAAACAGGGGAAAAUAGUGGGGUGGUGCUCUCAAACGGAGGUGCUGAACCACCCUUCUCUCGGUUGCUUCAUCACCCACUGCGGAUGGAACUCGACGCUAGAGAGCAUAUGCUCCGGCAUUCCCAUGGUGGCAUUCCCCCACUGGACUGACCAAGGGACUAAUGCCAAGCUUAUUCAAGACGUGUGGAAGGCGGGCAUCCGCGUGGCAGCGGGGGUGAAGGAUGAGGCCGGCGUUGAGGUUGUUGGGAGUGACGAAUUUAAGAGGUGCAUCGAGAUUGUGAUGGACGGUGGAGAGAAAAGUGAUGAGUUGAGAAAGAUGGCCAAGAAAUGGCAAUAUUUAGCUAAGGAAGCAAGCAAGGAAGGCGGUUCUUCUCACAUGAAUCUCAAGUCAUUUGCCGAAGAAGUAGUAAACCAUUAAGAAUCAUGAAAAGAUUAGUUUACCGAGACCAAUAAACUUGAGUGUGAGAUUAGAUUUUGUGUAAUGAAAUUCUUCCUAAUAUUAUAACAAUCAUAAUAAGCAUCAUUAUAAAAAAGUGAGUGUGAGAUUAGAUUUUGUGGGCAGUUGUUUAUGAUAUUAAGAUUUGAUAUGUCAUUGAAAGUCUUCCUACUA